AAGAAAACAUUGAUUCGAUGCGGACUAUUGCUGAAAUGGAUGAAGAACUUGUAUCAUCUGCAAAUAUCGAAACUGAACAAAAGCAAAAUAAAGAUUUACACCAUAUUCGACAGGAAACUACAUACGGCUCAAACAUUGAAUACAACGAGGUUGAUAACAGUUCAAUCGAAAACAAUACCGAUACGAUUGCUGGACAAGAUGGAGCACUUAUAUCACCUGAGAACUACGAAAAUGAACAAAAAAAAGUGACAGCUGAGGUUAAUAAGGAUAUACACCAUAUCCGACAGCAAACCGUAUAUGGUUCAAAUGUAGAUUUUAUUAGUGAAGAAGAAAAGAAUAAAACCAUUGAUUAUGAGGAUUGCACUUUUUACGAGGUUGAAGAGAGUUCAGCGCACAACAAAGCCGAUACUCUUCCUGAAAAAGAUAGAGCACUUAUAUCAACUAAGAAUCACGAAAGCGAACAAAAUAAUGUGAUAUCUGAGGUAAAUAAGGAUGAGUUUAGUAGGGGGGAAGAAAACAAUAACAAUACUGUUGAUAAGGAUUGCACUUUUAGCGAGAUUGAAGGCACCUCAAUGCAAAACAAUGGCAGUUCUCUGCCUAAAAAAGAUGGAGCACUUACAUCACCUGCGAAAGUGAUAGCUGACGUAAACAAGGAUAAACACCAUUUCCAACAGAACAACGCAGAUGGUUCAGAUACUGAAUUUACUAUUGGAAAAGAAAACAAUAAAAUCAUUGUUGGUAUGGACUGCAAUUUAAACGAGGUUGAGGACAGUUUAAUCAAAAAUAAUGCUCUUACUGAAAAGAAUGGAGCACUUAUAUCACCUAUAAACCACAAUCAUGCACAGAAGAAAGUGAUAGCUGAAGUAAAUGAAGAUACACAACAUAUCCGAGAAAAAAUCGGAGAUGGAUCAAAUGUCGAAAUUAGAUGUGGAGAAGAAAACAAUAAAAACAUUGUUGAUAAGGAUUCCACAUUUAACGAAGUUGAAGACAGUUCAAUCCGAAACAAUGACAUUAUUUUUUCGGAAAAAGAUGAAGCACUUGUAUUACCUGCGAACCAAGAAAAUGAACAAAUGAAAAUGAUAGCUGAGUUAAAUAGUGAUAUACACCAUAUCCGACAGCAAACCGCAGAUGGCUCAAAUGCUGAAUUUAAUAGUGGAGAAGAAAACAACAAAGACAUUGUGAAUACGGAUUUUACUUUUAACGAGGUAAAAGAUAAUUCAAUCGAAAACAAUACCGAUACUCUUGCUGAAAAGAAUGGAUCUCCUUUAUCACCUGUUAACCGCGAACAUGAACAAAAUAACGUUUUUGCUGAGGUAAAUAAAGAUAUACAUAUUAUCCAACACCAAACCACAGAUGGCUCAAAUGUUGAAUUUAGUAGUGGAGAAGAACAUAAUAAAAACAUUGUUGAUAAGGAUUGCGUUUUUAGUGCGGUUGAAGACAGUUCAAUCCUAAACAAUGUCAAUAGUCUUAUUCCUGAACACACAGAGAAUGUUGGACAUGACAGUCAAGAUGAAAACGAAGCAUGCUCGUCUAGAGGCUUGUUAGAUAAUGACGGCAAUGGGACUAAGAUUUCAUUUUCAACAGAAAGCUAUUUACAAGAGAGAGAGCACUCAUUAUCUUUACCGAGAACUCAAGAAAACAUUGAACCAAAGGGGACACUUACUGAAAACCAUGGAGAACUAAUAUCGCCUGCAAAGCACGAAAAUGUGCUCAAUGAAGUGACAUCUGAAUUAAAUAAAGAAAUGUACCAUAUCCGACAUGAAAGCGCUGAUGGCCCAAAUGCUGAAUCAAGCAUAGAAGAAGAAAACAAGAUACACAUUGUUGACAAGGAUUACAAUUUUAGCGAGUUUGAUUGCAGUUCAAUCAAAAACAAUGGCGAUGCUUUUGCUGAAAAAGAUGGAGCACGUAUAUCACCUCCGAACCGCGAACAUGAACAAAACAAAGCGAUAUCCGAAGUAAAUAAAGAUAUGCACCAAAUCCGACAGCAAACCGAAGAUGCCUCAAAUGCCGAAUUGACUUAUGGAGAAAAAAACAAUAAAAACAUUGUUGAUAAGGAUUGCAAUUUUAAUGAGAAUGAAGACAGUCGAAUCCAAAACAAUGCAGAUACGUUUCCUGAAAAAAAUGGAGCACGUAUAUCACCUCCGAACUUCGAACAUGAACAAGCAAAUGUAAUGGUUGACGUAAAUAAGGGUAUACACCAUAUCCGACAGAAAACCGAUGAUUGCUCAAAUGUCGAAUUUAGUAGUGAAGAAGAAACCAAUAAAACCAUUGUUGAUAAGGACUGCACUUUUAACGAGGUCGAUUACAGUUCAAUCAAAAACAAUGCCGAUACUUUUCUUGAAAAAAAUGAAGAUCUUACGUCACCGGCUUGUCCUGAAAAUGGACAAAAGAAAGUGGAAGCUGAGGUAAAAAAGGAUAUAAACAACAUCAGACGAGAAACCACAGAUGGCCUAAAUAUUGAAUUAAGUAGUGGAGAAGAAAACAUUAAGAACAUUGUAUAUAAGGAUUGCUAUACGCUUGCUGAAAAAGAUGGAGUACUUAUAUCACCUGAAAAUCACGAAAAUGAACAAAAGAAAGUGAUAGCUGAGGUGAAUAAAGAUAUGCAAACUGUAGAUGGUUCAAAUGUAGAAUUUAGUAGUGGAGCAGAAAAUAAUAAAGCCAUUGUUGAUGGGGAUAGCACUUUUAACAAUGUUAAAGACAAUUCAAUCGAAAACAAUGCCGAUACUCUUCCUGAAAAAGAUGGAGGACUUGUAUCACGUAGGAAUCACGAAAAUGAACAAAAUAAAGUGAUAUCUGAGGUAAAUAAGGAUGAAUAUAGUAUGGGAAGAGAAAGCAAUAACAACAUCGUUGAUAAAGAAUGCACCUACAGCGAGAUUGAAGGCAGUUCAAUGCAAAACAGUGCCAUUACUCUUCCUACAAAAGAUAGAGCACUUCUAUCAUCUGCGGAAGUGAUAUCUGAUGUAAAUAAGGAUACACACCAUAUCCGACAGAACACCACAGAUGUCUCCAAUGCUGAAUUUAAUAUUGGGAAAGAAAACAAAAAAAACAUUGUUGAUAAGGAUUCCACUUUAAAUGAGGUUGAAGACUUUUCAAUCCAAAAUAAUGCCGUUAUUUUUCCGGAAAAAAAUGGAGCACUUGUAUCACCUGCGAGCCAAGAAAAUGACCAAACGAAAAUAAUAGCUGAGUUAAAUAGAUAUAUACACCAUAUCCCACAGCAAACCGCAGAUGCAUCAAAUGCUGAAUUCAGUAGUGGAGAAGAAAACAAUAAAAACAAAAUUGAUACAGAUUGCACUUUUAACGAGGUUAAAGACAAUUCAAUUCCAAACAAUGCCGAUAUUCUAGCUGAAAAGGAUGGAGCAUUUAUAUCACCAGGGAACAAUCAACGUGAACAAAAAGAAGUGAUAGGUGAGGUAAAUAAAGAUAUAUACCAUUUUCGACAGCAAGCCACAGAUGGCUCAAAUGUUGAAUUUAGCAUUGAAGAAGAAAACAUUGUUGAUACGGAUUGCACUUUUAACGAGGUUAAAGAAAAUUCAAUCCAAAACAAUGCCUACACUCUUUCUAAAAAGGAUGCAACAUUUAUAUCACCUGUGAACCACGAACAUGGACAAAAAGAAGUGAUAGGUGAGGUACAUAAAGAUAUAUACCAUAUCCGACAGCAAACCACAGAUGGCUCCAAUGCUGAAUUUAGCAAUCUAGAAGAAAGCAAUAAAAACAUUGUUGAUACGAUUUGCACUUUUAAAGAGGUUAAAGUCAAUUCAAUCCAAAACAAUGCCGACACUCUUUCUGAAAAGGAUAGAACAUCUAUAUCACCUGGGAACCACGAACAUGAACAAAAAGAAGUGAUAGGUGAGGUAAACAAAGAUAUAUACCAUAUCCGACAGCAAGCCAUAGAUGGCUCAAAUGCUGAAUUUAGUAGUGGAGAAGAAAACAAUAAAAACAUUGUUGAUACGGACUGCACUUUUAACGAGGUUAAAGACACUUCAAUCCAAAACAAUGCCGACACUCUUUCUGAAAAGGAUAGAACAUCUAUAUCACCUGGGAACCACGAACAUGAACAAAAAGAAGUGAUAGGUGAGGUAAAUAAAGAUAUAUACCAUAUCCGACAGCAAACCACAGAUUGCUCAAAUGCUGAAUUUAGCAGUGGAGAACAAAACAAUGAAAAUAUUGUUGAUACGGAUUGUACUUUUAAAGAGGUUAAAGACAAUUCAAUCCAAAACAACGCCCACACUCUAUCUGAAAUGGAUGCAACAUUUAUAUCACCUGUGAACCACGAACAUGAAGAAAAAGAAGUGAUUGGUGAGGUAAAUAAAGAUAUAUACCAUAUCCAACAGCAAACCACAGAUUGCUCAAAUGCUGAAUUUAGUAGUGGAGAAGAAAACAUUGUUGAUACGGAUUGCACUUUUAAAGACAAUUCAGUCCAAAACAAUGCCGACACUCUUUCUGAAAAGGAUGGAACAUUUAUAUUACAUGGGAACCACGAACAUGAACAAAAAGAAGUGAUAGGUGAGGUAAAUAAAGAUAUAUACCAUAUCCGAGAGCAAACCACAGAUUGCUCAAAUGCUGAAUUUAGCAGUGGAGAACAAAACAAUGAAAAUACUGUGGAUACGGAUUGUACUAUUAAAGAGGUUAAAGACAAUUCAAUCCAAAACAACGCCCACACUCUAUCUGAAAAGGAUGGAACAUGUAUAUCACCUGCGAACCACGAACAUGAAGAAAAAGAAGUGAUUGGUGAGGUAAAUAAAGAUAUAUACGAUAUCCGACAGCAAACCACAGAUUGCUCAAAUGCUGAAUUUAGUAGUGGAGAAGAAAACAAUGAAAUCAUUGUUGAUACAGAUUGUACUUUUAAAGAGAUUGAAGACAAUUCAAUUCAAAGCAACGCCCACACUCUAUCUGAAAAGGAUGGAACAUGUAUAUCACCUGUGAACCACGAACUGGAAGAAAAAGAAGUUAUUGGUGAGGUAAAUAAAGAUAUAUACCAUAUCCGACAGCAAACCACAGAUUGCUCAAAUGCUGAAUUUAGUAGUGGAGAAGAAAACAUUGUUGAUACGGAUUGCACUUUUAAAGAGGUUAAAGACAAUUCAGUCCAAAACAAUACCGACACUCUUUCUGAAAAGGAUGGAACAUUUUUAUCACAUGGGAACCACGAACAUGAACAAAAAGAAGUGAUAGGUGAGGUAAAUAAAGAUAUAUACCAUAUCCGACAGCAAACCACAGAUUGCUCAAAUGCUGAAUUUAGCAGUGGAGAACAAAACAAUGAAAAUACUGUGGAUACGGAUUGUAAUAUUAAAGAGGUUAAAGACAAUUCAAUCCAAAACAACGCCCACACUCUAUCUGAAAAGGAUGGAACAUGUAUAUCACCUGCGAACCACGAACAUGAAGAAAAAGAAGUGAUUGGUGAGGUAAAUAAAGAUAUAUACCAUAUCCGACAGCAAACCACAGAUUGCUCAAAUGCUGAAUUUAGUAGUGGAGAAGAAAACAUUGUUGAUACGGAUUGCACUUUUAAAGAGGUUAAAGACAAUUCAGUCCAAAACAAUACCGACACUCUUUCCGAAAAGGUUGGAACAUGUAUAUCACCAGUGAACCACGAACAUGAACAAAAAGAAGUGAUUGGUGAGGUAAAUAAAGGUAAAUACCAAAGCCGACAGCAAACCACAGAUGGCUCAAAUGCUGAAUUUCGUAGUGAAGAAGAAAACAAAGAAACCAUUGUUGAUACGGAUUGCACUUUUAAAGAGGUUAAAGACAAUUCAAUCCAAAGCAAUGCCGACACUCUUGCUGAAAAAGAUGCAACAUUUACAUCAGUUGUAAACCACGAACAUGAAAAAAAGGAAGAGAUUGGUGAGGCAAAUAAAGAUAUAUAUCAUAUCCGACAGCAAACCACAGAUGGCUCAAAUGCUGAAUUUAGUAGUGGAGAACAAAACAAUGAAAAUAUUGUUGAUACGGAUUGUACUUUUAACGAAGUUAAAGACAAUUCAAUCCCAAACAAUGCCGACACUCUUUCUGAAAAGGAUGCAAAAUUUACAUCACCUGUAAACCACGAAUAUGAACAAAAGGAAGUGAUUGGUGAGGUAAAUAAAGAUAUAUGUCAUAUCCGACAGCAAAGCAAAGAUGGCUCAAAUGCUAAAUGUAGUAGUGGAGAAGAAAAAAAUGAAAACAUUGUUGAUACGGAUUACACUUUUAAAGAGGUUAAAGACAAUUCAAUCCAAAACAAUGCCGAUACUCUUUCUGAAAAGGAUGGAACAUGUAUAUCACCUGUGAACCAAGAACAUGUACAAAAAGAAGUGGUUGGUAAGGCCAAUAAAGAUAUAUACCAUAUCCGACAGCAAACCACAGACGGCUCAAAUGCUGUUUUUAGUAGUGGAGAAGAAAACAAUAAAAACAUUGUUGAUACGGAUUGCACUUUUGACAAGGUUAAAGACAAUUCAAUCCAAAACAAUGCCGACACUCUUGCUGAAAAGGAUGGAACAUGUAUAUCACUUGUGAACCACGAACAUGAACAAAAAGAAGUGAUUGGCGAGGUAAAUAAAGAUAUAUACCAUAUCCGACAGCAAACCACAGAUGGCUCAAAUGCUGAAUUUAAUAGUGGAGAAGAAAAUAAUAAAAACAUUGUUGAUGCGGAUUGCACUUUUAAAGAAGUUAAAUACAAUUCAAUCCCAAACAAUACCGACACUCCUUCUGAAAAGGCUGGAACAUGUAUAUCACCUGUGAACCAAGAACAUGUACUAAAAGAAGUGAUUGGUGAGGCCAAUAAAGAUAUGUAUCAUAUCCGACAGCAAACCAAAGAUGGCUCAAAUGCUGAAUGUAGUAGUGGAGAAGAAAAAAAUGAAAAUAUUGUUGAUACGGAUUGCACUUUUAAAGAGGUUAAAUUCAAUUCAAUCCAAAACAAUGCCGACACUCUUUCUGAAAAGGAUGGAACAUAUAUAUCACCUGUGAACCAAAAACAUGUACAAAAAGAAGUGAUUGGUGAGGCCAAUAAAGAUAUAUACCAUAUCCGACAGCAAACCGCAGACGGCUCAGAUGCUGUAUUUAGUAGUGGAGAAGUAAACAGUAAAAACGUUGAUGAUAUGAAUUACACAUUUAUCAAGGUUAAAGACAAUUCAAUCCACAACAAUACCGACAAUCUUUCUGAAAAGGAUGGAACAUGUAUAUCACCAGUGAACCGCGAACAUGAACAAAAAGAAGUGAUUGGUGAAGUAAAUAAAGAUAAAUACCAAAUCCGACAGCAAACCACAGAUGGCUCAAAUGCUGAAUUGCGUAGUGAAGAAGAAAACAAAGCAACCAUUGUUGAUACGGAUUGUACUAUUAAAGAGGUUAAAGACAAUUCAAUCCAAAACAACGCCCACACUCUAUCUGAAAAGGAUGAAACAUUUAUAUCACCUGUGAACCCCGAAUAUGAACAAAAGGAAGUGAUUGGUGAAGUAAAUAAAGAUAUAUACCAUAUCCGACAGCAAACCACAGAUUACUCAAAUGCUGAAUUUAGUAGUGGAGAAGAAAACAAUGAAAACAUUGUUGAUACAGAUUGUACUUUUAAAGAGGUUAAAGACAAGUUAAUUCAAAACAAUGCCGACAAACAUUCUGAAAAGGAUGCAACAUGUAUAUCACCUGUGAACCACGAACAUGAACAAAAAGAAGUGAUUGGUGAGGUCAAUAAAGAUAUAUACCAUAUCCGGCAGCAAACAACAGAUGGCUCAAAUGCUGAAUUUAGUAGUGGAGAAGAAAACAAUGAAAACAUUGUUGAUACGGAUUGCACUUUUGACAAGGUUAAAGACAAUUCGAUCCAAAACAAUGCUGAAAAGGAUGGAGCAUUUAUAUCGCCAGUGAACCACGAACAUGAACGAAAGGAAGUGAUUGGUGAGGUAAAUAAAGAUAUAUACCAUAUCCGACAGCAUCCCACAGAUCGCUUAAAUGUUGAAUUUAGUAGUGGAAAAGAAAACAAUGAAAACAUUAUUGAUACGAAUUGCACUUUAAAAGAGGUUAAAGACAAUUUAAUCCCAAACAAUGCCGGCACUCUUUCUGAAAAGGAUGGAACAUAUAUGUCACCUGACAACCACGAACAUGAACAAAAAGUAGUGAUUGGUGAGGUAAAUAUAGAUAUAUACCAUAUCCGACAGCAAACCACAGAUUGCUCAAAUGCUGAAUUUAGUAGUGGAGAAGAAAACAAUAAAAACGUUGUUGAUAUGAAUUGCACAUUUAUUAAGGCUAAAGACAAUUCAAUCCAAAACAUUGCCGAUAUUCUUGCUGAAAAGGAUGGAACAUGUAUAUCACCUGUGAACCAAAAACAUGAACAAAUAGGAGUGAUAGGUGAGGUAAAUAAAGAUAUGCACCACAUGCGACAGCACACCAAUAGCGGCUCAGAUGUUAAAUUUAGUAGUGGAGAAGAAAACAAUGAAAACAUUGUUGAUAAGAAUUGGACUUUUAACGAGGUUGAAGAUAGUUCAAUGCAAAGCAAUACUGAUGCUUUUCCUGAAAAACAUGGAGCACUUAUAUCACCUGAAAAUCAUGAAAAUGCGCAAAAGAAAAUGUUAUCUGACGUUAAUAAGGAUAUACACCAUAUCCGAAUGCAAACCGCAGAUGGCUCAAAUGUUGAAUUUAGUAGUGGAGAGGAAAACAAUAAAGACAUUGUUGAUAAGGAUUGCACUUUUACGGAGGUUGAAGACAGUUCACAGCACAAUGCCGAUAGUCUUAUUCCUGAACACACAGACAAAAGUAAUGCAGACGAAAUUGACGAUGAUGGCAAGCAUGAAUCCACAUGUCACAUUGGAAACAAUUCAUCUGAUGCAAAUAUUGGCAAUCGAAAUUCACUUACUUAUAGAAGUAGAUACAGUAAGGACGGUCUCCUAGAAAGAUUUUCUGAUCAACUCUUUGCUGAAACUCAUUUGCGGUCAUUUUGGAAGGAAAAUCAAAUGAAUAAUGGCACACGGUUUGGAGCUUCUGAAGCAAAAGAAAAUGAGGAGAACCUAAGUAAAAUUCAAACUGUUGAAGAAAUGCGCCAUGAAGAUUCGGUAUUUUAUGAAGAGAAAAUUGAAGAUACAGUUAAAUCAGUAGGCGAAGAUGUUGCUGUAUUAGAGCUAUACACAAAGGUUACAAGUAAUGAUGUUCUAAAUGAGCUCAGUUUUCAGAGCGACAUUCAAGUUAAUUAUGAAAACGAAAAUAAUUCUUCGGAAAAUAAGAGUGUGCCCGUAAAGACAGACAUAGAUAUAUUGAGCAUCGCCGAGUCGCCGAAAAUCGAAGUUUCUAAUAAUACAAAAUAUAUAAGCAUUAACAGUGUAGGGGAGGAAAGAAUUCCCAGAUAUUUUCACGGAAUACCACAAACGUCUCUGGAGAAUAACAUAGCUCCUAAACGUAAAUUGUAUAAGGAUGCUAUGGCAUUUACAAUUCCUUUUGAUAACCAGAAAAUCAUUACUUCUAAAAGGUCUAAGCCUCAAAGCCCCAGUCAGAAGCCUGAUAUCGAAAUUGAUAUGGAUUUCAUUGAAGUUGACUCGGAACUAGAAGCCGAAUCUCCAACGAAACUAUUUGAAGAGCUCAUAGAAAUUGAAAAUAAUAAUAUUGAUGCUAUCGAUUUAGAUAUAACACAGGCCAUUGACGAAAUCAUUCGAAUUAAAUGCGGAAGAAAUGAAGAUAAAGUAAGCUCUGAUGAGGACAGUCACUUUUCAAGUACUCCAGAAACAAGUUUGCAUACCAUUGUAGAAUUGAGCGAACCGGAUGUGGCUAAGACAAAAGAAUUCGUAAUAAUCGCACAACGAACACCUGAUUUAAAUCAAUUGUUAACCGAUAAAAAAUGUGAUGGAAUGAGAAGUAAUGUAAACGACCACGAUAAAUGCGUCAAAAAUAUUUUGCCGGACGUAUAUGAAGAACUCAUAGAACUAGCACCAAUUCCACCUAGCAACGGUUCGUCAUUGGACAAGGAUGAUUUUGAGUAUCAUUUGAUCAAGGAAAUUAAUAAAUUAGAAAAAACAAUUAAAAGUGAUGAGGAAGGUCUCUCUAUAAGUUUAGAACAAAAAAAAGGAUAUUCGGCCACAAUCAUUCAAAGAGCUGUGCGGCAAUUUUUGAAUAGCAGGAAAACCCGCGAGCACAUAUAUAUAAACCAUAACCAUGAGUACACCGAAAGUGAACUCGCCCCAAUUUCGCCUGACAGCAGUCCGUCAUUGGAUAAUGAUAUUGAAUAUCAUUUGACCAACGAAAUUAACAACAUCAAAAGAACAAGUAAAAUUGAUGAAGAAGGUCUCACUAUAUAUUUGGAACAAAAGGAAAGAUAUUCGGCCACAAUUAUACAAAGAGCUGUCCGGGAAUUUUUGAAAAGCAAGAAAACCCGGGAGCGUAAUAUGAACCAAAAUCAUGAGGGCAUUAAAGAUGAUAGCAAUAUUGAAGUGGAGUUCAGUACAGAUAAAAGAAAUAAGGCAACUUUAAUAAUUCAAAGAGCAUUUAGAAAAUAUUUGUUGGACACGAAGAAGCAUACUUAUUCCGGAGUUCCAACUGAUUCAGUAAUCGGGGCAAAAUACGUCACCUUGAAUAGUAAGGAGAAGUAUGAUGGAAUUGUUGAUAAGUCACGUGCCGCUAUUGUCAUUCAAAACGCAUUUAGAAAUUAUUUGCAAAGGAAACCAAAAUGUUUGGUUCCCAAAAGUAGCGAUCAUCUGUUACAACAUGAAUUCAACCCCCCAGUAAUCGGGCCUAAAAACGUCACCUUGAAUAGUAAGGAGAAUCAUGAUGGACGUGUUGAUAAGUCACGUGCCGCUAUUGUCAUUCAAAACGCAUUUAGAAAUUAUUUGCAAAGGAAGCCAAAAUGUUUGGUUCGCAAAAGUAACGAUCAUCAGUUACAACAUGAAUCCAAUCCUCCAGCUCAGUCACAUUAUCUGUUGAAUGAGACACAAGAAUUACUUUAUUCUGAAGACAAAGUUGCCGACUAUAAAGGUUUUACCGACCCAGAUCAGAAUGAGGUGAACGAUUGCAAUGAUAACCGGUUAUCCCCAAUAAAUCCAGAGAAAGGAAUUCACAUACCCAUUUUCAAGACAAUCGACAGUCAUAAAGAGAACCGUAGGCUAACGUCUUUAGAAGCGAGUGAGGAAUAUGCAGCUAUUGUUAUUCAAAAUUUCUUUAAAGCAUAUUUUGAUAAAACCCCAAGCAAAUUGAAAACUUUGGAUAAAAUUGACAACCCUCUUAACCAGGGGGGGAAUAGCAAUGGGAAAUUUGUAAAUGCCGCUCGCACAAUACAAAAUGCCUACAGAAAAUAUUAUAACCAAAAGCAUGAUAUUUUAGAACGGAAACCUAUUGAUAAAUCACAUAAUCCUAACAGCUCCUUUGAUGGUGGCAACAACGGUCACUUGUUUCAAAAAAAUAGCUCUACAUCUCUGAAAGAUACUAAAUUAAGAUUCAAUAAUGCUAUAAUUGUAAUUCAAAAAGCCUUUAGAAAAUAUCGCCAACAAAAGUUUGUAGCACUAGAAGGUGAAAAUUACAGAAAGAAAUCGCUUGAAGCAACUAGAAAUUCAGCUGCGAUUAUUCUUCAGAAGGCCUUUCGGCGAUAUAAACAACAGCAUUGCAACUCUGAAUUUGCUUCCAAAGAGUUGGAUGAAAAGUUUAUAGAUUACUCAAAGAAAAAUGAUACUAUUGAGGCACGUGAACUAAACUCUACGCAUUUACAUAAACAUGGGAUGCCUACGGAGGAAUUCGAUGAACAUAUUAAAAAAUCAAACUGGUAUGUUGGCGAUGAACCCAUUGUUACGAGUGGUCUCACAGAAGUUAAACAAGCGGAAACUCCUUUCGAAGAGACCGUGGCUUAUUUAGAAUUUGGCGAUAAUCCACCUAAUUUAUUUGGCAGUGAAAAUAGUACAAGUUUGGUAACAGUUGAUGCUAUAGUCUCCGAUAUCACAACAAACGCACCCGUUUUUACCAAGACCAUUUCAGAUACAAAAAAAGACGAAUAUGUAAUCAAUGAAUUAUUGCCGGAACCCGGAAAUGAGCUUUUAUUUGAGAUGCCACCCGACAAGCCACUGAAUGUUGAAGACAAAACCAUACCAAAUAUUGUCGAACGAAAGUCGGAGCACAAUAAAAAAAUGAUUGCUUCAUUUCUCGAAUCCGAACGCGCUUUUUCCGGUAGGUCUAGUGAAUAUUUAUGGGCAAAAUCGCCAAAUACGGAAGAAAUUGCAGAGAUACAUAGAGACUUUGUCCAAGCAGAGCGAAGCUGUGCCAACAGGCCAGGAAAAAUAGCGAAUGGAGACCCUAAUUCUUCAGAAACUGAAACUGACGAUAGUCUUAAAUUAAAAUAUGAAAAAUUGGACGGUCUGGACAACUCCAUAGCGAAAAUGCAACAGCGCAAAGAGUCUACACAUAAAAUUUCGAGCAAAUUUGAAUAUAGGAAGUAUACCUUCGAAGAUUCGUCGGUGGACUCUGUUAUUUACUUCGAAAAUAACGUGGAUACUGAUGAAGAAGGCAUUAUCGUUGGAAAAAUGGAGUCAAAUGAUUCACGCGAAAGUUCGGCACAAAGCGAUAUAAUUCUCUGUGAAGAUGGUGGUGAAAAUUUAAAUUUUGAGAAUCAAAACGACUCUUACAAUGAAUUGUCUAUUAGAGGCUUAUUGAAACGGGUGCAUACAAUUGCAACGGACUCAGAUAUAAAAAAUCUCAUGAAGAGCGUCACAAUAGAUGAUUCCGUUAGAUAUAUUGAGCCAGCUGACGACCAAUUGACUAGCGAAAACUUUUUUUUGGAUGAUGAUACUUCUGAAAAUAUUCGACGCAAAAUGAUGGCCUAUUCCCUUUCCGAAGCGGACUCUGAUUGCUUCGAUAAAAGUGAAGUUAAUAACGCCAUCGAUGACAAAACACGUACGUUGGAUUCCUUCAAUGUACGCACAGCUUUGAUAGACAAUGGUGAUACAUCAACCGAAACAGAAUCUACAAUAGUAUCAGCAGUAACUAAAAUCCAGGCAGGUGCCAGAGGUUAUUUGGCAAGAAAGCGUUUGGGUCGUACCAGCGAUUGCAAAUCCACUGUGAUUCUUAAUGAAAGUGGAGCUUCCUUCGGCAAUGCUGCAAUUAGUGAAUCUCUGGAAUAUCUACUACAGGAAACUGCUGCAAAACGAAUUCAAAUGUUUUACAGAAAUUAUCGAGAAAAACAUGGAAAGUUUAAUACUGUUCACCCUCCGAAAAGAGUCUCACUUUCAACAACAAGUGCCGAGAGUUCAUUGGCUCAAAAACGAUCCAUGUUGCAAAGAGGCGAUGCUUUGCGUAACAAUUCUACGCCAGAUGAGGGUAAUAGUUCCAGCAAUGACAGCGAAAAUUGUGUUUCCGUUAAUGCUAGAGAUGUAAACCAGCAUAGCAUAUCAAAAGCAAAUAUUUCUGAUGCAGCAAAACGCGCCAAGCACAUCGAAAACAACAAAAUGAAAUGGAUCGCCAUGAGACAAAACUCAAUGCCAGUGCAAAUAGACUCGGAAGUUUUCCGUGUCAUACCGAAGCAUAUGCGUAAAAAAACCAAAAGUGCAGAAAUUGGCAAGGGACAUCGGAAGCGCCCUUUUUGCUACGAUUAAUGACCUUAUGGGUUACCAACAUGGAGGCAUACGAGACGAAAUUGCAGUUACACAAGCCCACUCUCCAUACCGAUAUUGUAAUUUUAAUAUGCCUGUUAAUCGAUUCCAAAACAUUUGAUACCCACUCGCCUUCUGUUGUUCCAAGAAGCACGUCCAUAUUUGAGCUCAAAAGGAUAUAAGCACAUUAUAUUUUAAUUCUUUUAAAUAAAUUAGAUAACUUAUGUGUUCGGUAACAUACACUUA